GUGCCUCCCUCCGUAUGUUGGUUGAGGAGAGCCGCAUACAAUACAUACAAACCACAAGAAAAGUGAAAAAGAGAGCCGGGAAAUGGGAAACUGGCACGACCGUUGCACGACUGGUGAAGACAAUGACCCCUUCUUCUUCCACCGCGGUCUUUUUCUUUGCUCUUGUUCCUGUCCGGGUGGAUCUCCGCACGUGAGUGACAAGCAGAGAGAGAGAGAGAGAGAGAGGAAAGAGAGUUUCUCGUCCACGAGUCUCGCCGCUGCUGUCCACGGGUGCUACUGCAGGUACCGCUCACACCACCGAACCAGCCCUGGAGAACUACUGCACCUCAUUACUACAGCCCAGUACAAUACAUCCACCCGCUCUACUGUACCCCGGUUCAGGGCGAUCUCCUCCUCUUCCUCCUCCUCCUCCUCCUCCGCCUUCUCUUCCCACCACCGCCAUUCUCUGCUGCAACGUCCUCUUCCAUACCGACGAAUUACCUCAUCCCAACCAGACGGACUCUCUUCCACUGCGAGCUUCUUCCCUUCUCUCCGCAUUGAUUCAACAUACGAUCAUCGACAUCGUCCUUCCCUAGCCAGAUCUACAUACGCACGCGUGUUCAACGCAACCACGUUCAUUCCCGUCGGCUGUUGCUGCGCGAUAUAUUCAAUUCUCUCUUCUGGAAUUGACUGCCAUUUUCAUUCCUUGAUAUAUCAUCGUCGUCGCCUGCGCAGGGCGUUUCAUAUCCGAAAAUGCCUUCAGAACAACCGGCACCGGUAAGUAUAAUCCGUGAUGGCCGUCCUAUAACGAAAUUCGAUCGGAUCUCUCAGUGAAUGGCAACGACUGACAACCAUGCCCGUUACAGCGUGAACCGAUCCUCCAACGUCUAUCCGCUCUCUACCAAUAUCACAAUGCUCCGGAAGUCGCUCCGGCUCACGGUUUGGAAUACGAUGACAACCACUACCCUCACUCCGAUAAAUACCCUGUCCUGCGAGAAAUGUCA